UACGAUAUUGUUAUGUUAUGGGUACGAUAUGGGUACGAUAAUUGCAUGAUAUGGGUACGAUAUGGGUACGAUUGGGGUACGAUAGUUUACCAAUUGACAUGAUAUAUUGUUUUACUUUCCAAUCUAAAUAUGCAUUGUUUUUUGUGGCAGUUGACAGUAUACCCCUACCUGUGUGCCCGACCUGCUGAAGAACAGUAUGUGAGGACCCUUACAGACAAUGAAGCCCCAUUGUAUGUGGACAUGGGGUUAGAGGAACUAGAGGUGGGUCCCGAUGGACAGCCUACACAGGAAGCCUUACAGAGCCAGGCUGAAAAGCUUGCUGAAAAGUUAGCUAAGCAAGCAGAAGCAGCAAAUAUUUUUAAGGAGGUUCCACCAGCUCAACCUGAGGCACCUGAGGUUCCCCCAUCAACACCUCAUGCCAGCACCUCCUCCCAAGCUGAGCAACCAGGCUACUCUAUGAUUUUGGCCAGGUUGGAAAAGGUUGAAGGGCAACAAAGUGCCCUUAUUAAAGGUCAGUCCGAGAUCUUGGGUCAAUUGCAGAAGCUUAUGACAAUGAUGGAAGAUCUUAGUAGGCCAGUUCCAGAUCCACACCCUCAGUCCACUGAAGAAGGCCCUCAGUCUCCUGUAGAUGAAGACAUUCUCCCUAACGAUUACAGACCUGAUGAUGUAGAUGAUCACAUUUUUCGCACACCAGAGGAUAUGCAAAUUACUGUAAUCGGAGAUACUGAAGAUUCUGAAGUACAAUUCUUAAACAUAGCUCCACCAGCACCGGAGAAGAGGAGAGAAAGAAAGAGGCCUAGGUGGUUCGAUGAGUACACUGCAAUGAGGAAAAGGAAUAAGAAAUCGAAGACAGCAGUGAAUGUGGAUCCAUUGAGGGUUGUUGAUGGUAAAUUACUUAUGACCUUUCACAAGUGGUUGCUUGGCACCAUUGGGAAUAAAUAUCCGAGGGAAUGCUUCUCAGGGACACACGAUGCUGCUUGGUUCCUGAAACUGCAUACUCCGAGGACAUGGCUUUCUGACUCUCAUUUAGAUGCAGCAUUUCAUCUCAUGAGGAGGCGUCUAGAAUUUUAUCCUAACGUGUACCCUCAGAAAUGUGUUGUUAUGCCUACAAUUUUUCCCGAAUCAUUGAAGGGUCGGUGGGACGCUUUUCCAGGUUCUGACUACUCUAGAUUUAGUUGGGAUGACAGUAUAUUGGACCUGGUUAGGGGUGAUGCAGUCCAGUUCUUACCGAGUUGGCAGAACAAGGAGUUCAUUUAUUUUGCCCUCUUCUUGAAAGACCAAAUGCAUUGGGUAGCUGUAGAGGCAGACCUGAAUGGGUGGAUGCUCAACAUCUUUGACUCCAGUAUUGGAUCAAUUUCCGAAAACGAUUUGAUCAGCUUGAUGGUUGACUGGUGUACCAUUUUCCCGUCGGUCUUGCGACAGUCCGGUUUAUUUGAGAACCAUGACGUUAUACUCGCGCCUCAGUUGACAGCAUCAGAGAGUCAGGUCAGACCCUUCGAUUGGAAACUCAUUCCACGUGAAUUCGUACCGCAAACAAAAUCCAGGUGAACUUUAUUAAAUAUCACAUAUUAAUUAUUAUUUCUUAAUUACAAAACUUUAUUAAAUUAUUGUUUAUUUUCUAAUGCAGUGGCGAUUGCGGAUGUUACGUAAUUGAGCAUAUUGAACAUAAGCUUCUACAACUACCAUUUGAUAAUGUAACUGACAAUAAUAUGAAACUUUUUAGGCAAAGGUGGUGUGUAGACUUAUUCUACCAAAACUUAUGUUGAACGGUCUUAAUUUUUUUGAAUUGUAUAAUUUUUUUGAUUGCUCUUUUUGUAAUUACUACAUUUUAAUGUGCUUAAUCUUUGCAUCGUACUAUCAUCGAUCACUAUCGUACUCUAUCGUACCCUCACUUGCCUCACAAAUUUCACGAACAGUCCUGAAACCAUACCAUCGUACCAUUAUCGGACAAAUAUCGUACAUUAUCGUACCCUAAUGUCGUACAUUAACUAUCGUACUACA